AUGUCGUCUGCAUUGGAUACAGCAUUAAGUGUUGGAAAUAUAAUUGGUAUAGUUAUUGGUAUAAUAGGAGCUAUUGCAACAAUUAUUUUUUUAAUUAUUAUCAUUUGUUAUUGUUGUAAGAAUAAAAAUCGAAAUAAUGUAUGGGCAGAUUCAUCCUCCCCACCUUAUAAUUAUUACAAUCGAUCUUAUCAACAACCUACAAAUACAAGUUAUUAUUAUUAA